AUGUCCAAACCAACCAUAAUCCUCUGCCCCGGCGCCUGGUAUCCGCCCACAGCCUUCGACCCCCUCAUUUCAAGACUCCCCGACUACACCACGCACACAAUUGCAUUCCCUUCCAUCCAACAAUCAACAGUCGUUAAAGACCUGCAGCCAGACAUCUCUGCUCUCCGCACCGUCGUCCAGCGCGAAUGCGACCAGGGCCGUGAAGUGGUGGUGAUCUCACACAGUUGGUCCGGAUUACCAGUCAGCAGUGCUCUACACGGCUUGAGUCGUACCCAACGUCAGAAUAAUGGUCAAGAAGGUGGUGUAGUAAAAUUGGUUUUUCUAUCGGCGUUUAUACCGGAUGUUGGGCAGAGUUUGUUGCAGGCGUUUGGGGGGCAGGCUCCGGAGUGGUAUAUUCGUGAUGAAGCAAACGGCACUGUGACAGCCCACGACCCCUACACGCUUUUCUUCCACGAUGUUCCCGACGGUCAGCAAUGGGCUGAGACACUUCGCCCGCAUGCAUGGGCAACCAAAAAUUCGCCUGCGACUAGUGCAUCUUACCUCGAAAUUCCGUGCUCGUACUUACUCUGCGAGGACGACCGCGCAAUCCCAUUAUUUGUGCAGGAACUGAUGGUUGAGAAAGCGCGUUCUCAGGGCGCGGUGAUCAACACAGAAAAGGUGAAGACGGGGCAUACGCCGUGGUUAGUCGUGCCGGAUGAGGUUGCUGCGUUUGUGAGGAGGCAGAUUGAGCAGAAGGUAGUAUAA